CUCAGUUGUAUCGACCUAAGCUCAGACAUCCUAACCAUCCAUGUUUUCCGCUUUCAAUCGUGCUAUUCCCCAGCUCUCCAUCUUCCACAAUGUAUCUUCUCCACCGUCAAAUGCUGCUCUGCGGCUGCUGCAGGCCGCACUGUCCUCACCCUACCCUCCCUCAAAGCCGAAUGCACCGCCGCUCAAGUUCAACCUCGACAUAGUCGAGAAUGUACCGCCCAACCCGGACCAGCUACGCACGAUCAUCUCCUACUUACCAUCCGAUGCCUCGCGGGUAGAGGCACCCUCCCCCGUAAGCCUGCUGUCUGCGCACCCGACCGUGCACACGCGCCCGACGAGCCCCGAAGGUGUCGCCCGCCUCGCGGCCCAGAACCUGAACGCGAUCAAAUGGCCCAUCGUUGUCGACUGGGACCACGGCAAGGCGGCCGUGGGCGAUGUCGAGGGUGUCAAGGGCAUCCUGGAGGAGUUGAGGAAACGACGAGACGGCGAGAUUAAGCCUGACGAGGACAAGCCUAGUGGCUGGUUCUCAUAGGAGCUGCAGUCUGACCAAAGUAAACGAUGGACUUAGGAAUGGCUUCCACGUCUGCGUAGCAUGUGUGUAUGUAAUCUACCUGUAGCAUAUAUCCACCUCCGUUUUGCUGGA